GUUAUUUUUUGCUUGCUGUGUCGUGGCGUCGAAGUCUGCUCUGUUUUUGUUUGCCCAAAAUUAAUUUGAGAUAUUUCCAUGCCAAAUGGCCGCGUUUAUGGAGGAUGCUUUAGUGGAAGCGCGGCGAGCACGUGACGCCGGCGAGGUGCCCGUUGGUUGUGUGUUUGUGCACAACGACAAGGUAAUCGCACGUGGCGGGAACGAAGUGAAUGUACACCGGAAUGCAACACGUCAUGCGGAGUUCAUAUGCAUCGAUGCCACCUUGGCCUACUGCCGUGAGAAGCGCCUGCCGGCACGCCAGGUGUUCAGCGAAAUCAGCGUUGUGGUCACUGUGGAGCCUUGCAUAAUGUGCUCUGCUGCCUUGCACACGCUGGCCGUCAAGGAGAUUAUAUAUGGCUGCGAGAAUGAUCGUUUCGGCGGCAAGACGGUCAUAGAUGUGGCUGCCGUGGUAGGUCAGCGGAUCAACAUAACUGGCGGCGUGCGGUCAGAAGAGGCCAUGGCGUUGCUAAAGGAGUUCUACAAAGGCGACAAUCCAGCGGCCCCACCAGUAGCAAAGAAGAAGAAAUGACUGGCCCGUAGUUAGAAAAAAAGAAACCACUAAACACCGUAGUCACCUUAAGCUUCAGCUCAUGUAAACUUUUUUGUAUAUGUUUUAAUUUAUUGUAAACUUUAAGCAUAGACUAAGCUAAAUAUGGCGUUCAGAACGUUAGUUUUAAUAUAAAUACAAUUACUACGUGAAAAGCAACAA